AUGGCAUGGCGAUCCAGCUAUGAGGUUACACCGCUGCAAGCGGCCCUGCUCCGCAGGUCGCCGCGACAAGUGGUGCGCGCGCCCAGUCCACCACGCGGACUUGAGACACCUGUAGGCCAAAGCCUGGAUGACAUGAUCGAUGAGAUCCGGCGGCUUCGUGCCAACGUCCUACCACGAGGAUUGCACCCGGAAGUGUUGCAGAAUGACUCUACGGAGGACUUCCACUUGAGUCCGGGCUCUGACGUCACUGCAGCAUCAGGUGCGGAAUUGUCCAACAGCAAGUGGCUUACGCCUUCACCGGGAGCCUCCAGCCACCGGGCGCGGCGUGUGCCUGUGAGCCCUGUUCGGCGUCCGUCGCCUCUUCGGCCCACGCUGUGGGAAGAACGACAGCUGCGACGGUGUUUGCGCCAAUGGCGUGCCGAGUGCCACAGACCGGGCGCCCUGGUGCGUGGCCCGAGCCGCAGCGCCAGCGUGCACCGGGCCUUUGCCAGAGAGGAGUUCCCAGAGCCGGAGGCCUUGAAACGGGAGGAGUACGUGACGGAGCACCACAAGCCCUUUGCAGACGACACUUACUGGCUGUUUUGGGAUGACUACUCCAAGCACAACUGGGCUGAUGCCUAUGAGCACAUCGCCUCGCAGACCAGCGAGGGGGCGUUGGCAGCACUGGGAGAAGCGAACUUCCAGAACUGCGUGCGCAUCUCUGUGAAGGCCGUUGGCCAUACCCAGGAGAGCCCCAAGGACGUGGACCAGGCCGUUGCUGUGCUGUGCCGUGCCUGCAGCGUAGCCAAGUGGUCGCUGGGCCGGGUGGUGGGCUGCAUUGAUCAUCCCAAGAAGAAGGAGGUCGUGGAGGCCUUCAUCAAGGUCGCCGCCCCCGACUUCGCAGCAGCGGAACCGGGGGCACAGGCGGACCAGAUCAUGGAGAUGAUCGACGACCAGGCCGAAGCCUACGGCUUUAUGGUUCUGACAGUGGUCCGGGCCUGCUUGGCUGCAGGGAACCAGGAGGAGAAAGCCUUGGCCGUGCUUGAGAAGUAUUUGAAGCUCCAUCGUCCUCCUGACCCCUACGACGGUGGAGACCUUCUUGCCUUGUGGUAUGCCUUGCAGUGGCGCAAAAGCGGCCGAAAACCCAAGGUGGUCCGCAAGGCAGCGUUGGUUCUCUUUAAGAGCCAUGAGAUGAAGAUCGUUGUGGAUGAUGACGGCACAGAGAUGGAUGUUGGCGUCAGCAGUUGGGACGAAGAGGUCUUGAAAAAUGAGACCGUACCCGAGAUUAUGAGAGAUUGGCGGCUUUUCAGUGAUGCCAUGUGCUUCCUGACGGAUGGUGCCAUUGGAUUCGAACCAAUCGUCGUGGAGGGCUGCUGGGAUGUGACCCCUAAGGCCUUCAACCCCAUCUGGGAUUCCAAGUACAAACGCUGCAUUUCGCACAGCAAUUUUAGUGAAAAGGAGUUCUUGAAGGCUCUGCAAACGUGGGAGGAAGGAUAUAAGGAAGCCAAUGGAGGAGAGUCUGAUAUCAUACUCUUCCAUCUCCUCUUCCCCGCGCUCAAGCCUAAAGAAGCCAAAGUGGAUAUUUGUGUAGGCGGCAUUUGCACAUCCACAUUGUGGCAUUCCGCCUUCAAGGGGCGCCCGGCGUAUCAGGACGAAGGCUUGCAGUGGAGCCAUCAUCACCGUGUCUUUUGGAUGUUCCAUGAGACCCACCAUCUCUAUGAGGGUCAAUUCACAAAGCGCUUCGACUUCGCUGAGCUGAUCAAAAAGACUGACCACCCCAUGUUCAACUUGGACAACUGGAUGGAAGAAUUCAAAGGUGGAAAUGAGUUCUUCCCCGGGGAACAUUGGCACGGCAAGAGCGAGUUCGAUUGGUACGUGCAGUGCAUCACCAAGCGUCUCAAUACGCUAGCAGACCCGCCUAUUCAGGACUACUGGACCAACUGGUGGGGUGGUAAGGAGGUUGAUGCUGCUGGUGGCUACUUCGAUUUUGUCGCGGAAUUCCACGCCCUAUGGGAGGCCGGCAGCAAUGAAAACUGGGAGAAAGUCUGUGAGUUGGUGGAGUCCCAACUGCGCCCCAUGUGUCACAAAAAGUUGGGGGAAGGCAACUACCGGAUCGUGGUCACGUUUGCGGUACGGGGGCUGACGCUGACCGGUCAAGCGCUGGAUGGCCCGGUCUUGUCUGCCUUAAAACGUGGGAUGGAUGUGUUGGAGUACCCAGAGGAGAGGGCCGAGGAGUUGAUCGCAAACAUUCCAGGUGACAAGAAAGAGGAACUCCUUCGGCUCUACAAGGAAUCAGACAAAGCACAGGAACGGCCGCGGCAGAAGCUGGAGCAGCAGAGCAAACCCAUCAGCAUCAUUGAUGACCAUCAUCAGAUGUGGGAUGCCUACAGAGAGAAAGAUUGGCAAGAAGUGUUGGAGCACGUGGAGACGCAGGUGACCACCGAGGCCCGUGAGAGGUUAGGAGAUCAGAACUACAGGAAUUGUUUCAGCAUGUCCUUCGCAGCCAUCGGAAAUGGAAAAGUAAGCCCCAAAGACGUGGAGGAUGCAGUGGAGUUACUGCGAAAAGGAAUGGAGCUCACGGGCUGGCCUCUGAGCACCUUCCGUGACUUGCUGGGGCAACAUCCGAAGAUGUACCAAGUGCUUCAACCCUUCGUGGCGGAUGACGAGGAAGGCGAAUUCCACGACUUCAUUUCGGAACACCACGUCCUGUGGGAAGCUGGCAGCAAGGAGAACUGGGAGAAGGUCUGCGAAGUCGUGGACUCUCAAUUGCGGCCCAUGGCCUACAAACGCCUGGGAGAGCCCAACUACCGGAACGUGGUGAUUUUGGGCCUCCGCGGCCUGGCUUUGAGCGGCCGGGCCUUGGAGGGUCCGGUUCUCGAGGCGCUGAAGAAGGGCAUGGAGGUCUUGGGAUAUCCCAAGGAACGUGCCAAGGAGUUGGUGAAUGGCAUUGGAGCGGAAAAGGAAGCGGAGCUGUUGAGGAUUUAUGGCGAAGCCUGCGAAGAUCACUUGCCACCAGCAAUGGCCCCAUCGGCGGCCUCCCGCUUGGAUCGAUGCUGGCAUGCCUGGAGGCGAUUGGUGCAGACAGAUCACGCUGGAGAGUUGGAGCUUUCAGUUCAGCUGCUGCACAUGCAGAUGGCCCGCUCGCAGCGCCGCUCCUUGAGCUUCUGGCACCGCUGGGCCCAGCGGAGGCCCGGACGGAACGAUCGGCGCCGAUUUCGGUCAUGCACUCGGCGUCUUGCCUUGCAACGCUGGCGCAGUGCUGUGGAGUCACAACGUCAGUGGCAAGCCAUGAACGACCAGGCAAUGUCCUUGCUCCGGAUCUCCGCCCUCCGUCGAACGCUGCAGUGGCUGCGAGGGCAGAAGGGGCUCAAAGAAGACGAGGAGAUCCAAAGGCAAAGGAAGAUGCUGGCCCAGCAGAGCCACGUUCGGCGGUGUCUCUUCUCUAGCCUGGCGACUUGGGUGAGGUUCGCCUCCCUGAACCGCCGAGUACAGCAGGGUCAACAGCUGAUCGCCAAGCGACACGCGCGGGAGGCGCUGCAGAGGCUUCGGCGGUUUCUGCGCGAAAGGAAGGGCUUGCAACUGGUGUUAACCAUGCUCCAGUUACAGAAGAAGGCACGUCAACGCAGCCGCAAGCUGCAACAGUGGCAGCGCUGGUGCCGCACACGGCGACAGCGGGAGGUGCAGCUACAAGGACACCUGCACAACUGCCUGGAGCCACGCUUGCUGCGGCGCUUGCUGCUCCUUUGGGCGACAUGGACGCGGCAGGAGCAACGGAACCAAGCGACAUUGCAAAAGGCCCACGUCGUGCUGAAUUUGUCACUGAAGAGUCGCAGCUUCCAUGCCUGGCUCCAACGGCAGAAAGGUGUGCAAAAGGCUGCGAGCUGCCUCAGAGGCCUCGCAGAUGUCUUGGCCCUGCGGUCUGUGGCUGUGGUGCUGGAGCUCUGGCGCUUGGCCCAGCUGCAAAUGGUGAAGGAGCGCGCCGCCCUGGACCUCCUGACCGCUGGACUGGAGAAGCUCCUGCAGAGAGGGACGCUGCAUGCCUGGCUGGCCAAUGCCCACCUCGUCCGCCGACACGGUGAGAUUCUGCAAACUGUGCACAGCGCGCGUGGCAGGUCCUUGUUGGCGCAUGCAUUGGCCCAGUGGCAUCGCAAGUGCCGAAAGAGUCGUUAUGCAGAAACGAAGUUGCAAGGCCUACAAGGUGACAUGCAGCGCUGCUUCCUGGUGCAUCUCUGGGAUGGCUGGCUGCGGUUGACCGCGCGCAUGCGCCAGGCUUUGCACCUUUCCCAGUUGCAGAAGCGGAGGGGCAGCUCUCGAAUCCUCCAACGUUGGCUUGGCCUUUUCCGCGCAGGGGAGGGGCACCGGCAGCAGCUCACUGUGCUGAAGGCGCGUGUUUGGAAUGCCUGGUUGGGCCGGACGAUCCACUCCAUGGAAGUUGCACAUCAACGCAUCAGCCACGGCAUUGCCCGACGGAAGGGCUUCCUGCUGCAAGCUGCGAUUUCGUGGUGGGUGCAGGCCCUUGAGAGGAUUCGAGAAUUCAAGGUCCUGGUUCCAGUGCUGAUGGACACGCUCUCAGAGGCCUGCCUGGCACAUGGCCAACGUCAGAUGUAUGGCACCUGGCGUCGUUGGUGGCGCUGGGUAGAAGAAGGGCGACGUGCUGAUGACGAGGAGCUGCUGUACAUCAGCUUCCAUUCCUGGCUGAAUGGCUCGGUGGAACAACGUCAUAAGCGCGGCGUACACUUGCUCUGCGAACGCUACCGCGACGUCCGGAUGAAACGCAAGACGCUCUUCGCUUGGAAACGGCGCGUGGAACGGCUCACCUCGGUGAUGAACUCAGUGGAGCUUUGGGCAGCCAACAGCUACUCCCAGCACGCCCUGCGUGUUCUCGCUGCCUGGCAUGGCACCUGUCGCCGCCGCCUGCGGGCGCGCCAGGGGCAGCAGCUGCUCAUGCAGCGGAGGCGUGCAGCCCUCUUGAAUUCCUGGCAUUUGCUGAUGCUACGAAACAUCACCGCAGAGGGUGUCGCUGAGGCGGUGCUUCAGAGCCGCGCUCUGCAAUGGCUCCAUGCUUGGAAGGCUUGGGCCUCUGCCCAUGCUCGGCGGAGGGAAGGAGACGAGGUGAAAACAGCCUUCGUCAGACAAUCGAGGCAGCGGUGGGGCAUCGAACGUUGGUGUUCUGCUGGACGCUUUCGACGUUUGGUGGAUGUGGCCGAGAAGUGGGAUGGGCAGGUUCUUUGCAAACAGCUGGUGCUUCGAGCUUUCACAGGUUGGUCUGCAAUGAUGGGUCUGUAUGCCUGUGGGGAGAAGGUUGCGGCAGCGGUGGGCGCAAGACGCGCCAAACGCAUGCUGCGACACUGGUCCUUCCUCCUGCUAGUGGGGGAGAAGCGACCGCAUCAGUUAAUGCGACAGAUCAUGGCUCGUUGGCGUUUGUUUUUGCAGCGCUGUAGCGAAGUGCAGCGGGGUCUUGAGAGGCUGGGUCGUUGGACCAUGGGGCCCACUUUCCGACGAUUCGUGGCGUAUGUCCAAGAUCGCAAGCAACGUCGUCAGAACGUGAGCAGCCACGGCAGCCGUUUGCAGGGGUCGCUCAUGGAGCCGGUUGCCCGCACUGCAUCGCCAGCACCUCCAGCGCCUGCGGCUUCGCUUCGACAGAAACCGCCAAGGACGCUGCCGCUGUGGCCAGCGGUGCCUGCCGUGCUGUGUGCACUGCAGAGCUGGCGCCGAAUGAAGGUGUUGCGGCAGGCUGUGCCAUGCCAGUUGACAUCGAGCAGAGUUUGCGAGAUGGUUGAAGAAUACCGGCAGGCCUGGGUGACGCAGGAUCCUGCCAGGAUUGCAUCUCUGUUCGCGCCCGACGCGGUUUACAUCGAACGGAUUUUCGACACAAGAAGCACAUACCGUGGCCGCGAGGCCAUCAAGGAGUACUGGGAGACUCAGGUCAUCGGAAAGCAAUCCAACAUCCAAUUCCGUCACGUGGUCAACGACAUGAUCUUGGAUCCAGAGAAGCGCAAAGCCAUGGUGAAGUGGCUGGCAGAGUUUGACAACGUCCGCUACCGCGUCCCAGAGAAGGAGAAGCGGGUGCGCUUCGUUCAGGUGGCCAUCUUGGAGUUUUCGGAAGAUGUCAAAGAGCUGAAAGUCCUGGAGGAAUACAUGCAAAGUGUUCAUGGCGAACACUUCCGCUGGCCCUCCUCACUCCGGGCGCCCGAAACGACCCUCAGCGCGAUGCGUCGCAUGGAACCGACCGCCUUCGCCUCACAAGCCAUUUCCGCAAGCUGCGCGGCAUGUGGGAAGCACUUUCCAUCGAGAAACGCGCUGUUCCGCCACAUGCGCCGGGACGGCGGGGUGAACGCCUGCGUGCCACGGCUGGUGCCACUGCCGCCGUCGGAGACAACACGGGAGUCGAGGGCGCAGGUGGCACUUCUGGUGUCCUACAACGAAAAGCCAUCAGAGGAAUGGGUGGAGCACUUGUUCCACGCCUCCCUGGCCGCCUUCCCGGCCUCUGCCGCGGAGCCGGCGCCGGCGCCCCGCAUCUCCUGGGCCGUGCCGCCCACGCGCGGCGCGGCGGCAGGGAAUGUGCUGGGCCUACGGCUGCCGCGCGCAGUGGAGACGGUCGAGGAGGAGGUGAUCCUGGAGCGGCUUCGCGCGGCCCUGGGUUGCGACAGCGGCCCGCAGCUGUUGAGUUGUCGCAAAGUGCCCUGCAACUUCAACGCCAGGCGCUGCUGCGAGCUCGAACGCUUUGAAGCGUUGCUGCCCUGGUCUGUAUUUGGCUCUGAAGCAUCGGAGGAGUUGACCGACUCUACGCGAGGUGUGACCUUCGACCGGGCUUUGGCACGUCGCUUGAAGCAGGGUCUGCGAAGGCUACGGAAGGGAAAGCACUGGCAGAAUUUCUGUGAACGGUCCGUGAGUCAAGGGGAUCCGCCCAGUUUCUUCAUGAAUCGCCUUGCAGCCACCGUGGAACGCCCCGGCUGGUGCCUCAUCAGCCUGUCGGUACAAAGGUCGCUGCCGCAGAUGAUACCGAGGUUGCUGGGCGCCUUGGUCCUCUGGUGCCGGGGCUUCGCGCCGAACUUCUUGGAAGAGGCGCUGGCAGAGCACUCCAGAGUUUCCAUGCCCAGUGCACCGGAAAGUUGCUUCUAUCUACUAGCGCCACACAUGGCUCGAUUCGAGCACAAGAACCAGGUGAAUCUGACCUUUGGUUUCCCAGAAUUGCAGAGUUCACAUUUGCAAGCCUUCCGAGAUAGGAUCAUUUACCAGGAGGCGGCUACUGGAGAGCUGCAACGCUGGUCUGAUGGCUUGGCAAAAAGACGAAAGGGCCCAGGGCAUCCAGUGGAUCCGUCACUUUCACUGUCUCCCUGGCAGGUUCUGCAAGAACGCCGUUUGGAUGAGCGAAACGGUCAUACUGCUGAGGAGGAUUUGCAGAGGCGAGAGCGAGUGACCAUGCUCCGACAGCGUGCUACUUUGGAUCUGUGGCGCGAGGCCUUGCUGUUCCACAAGGCCGCGUUGUGGCAGGAGAUCAGACCUCGUUUGGUCAUGGCCAUCACUGGCCAGUCAAUGCUACAGACGGCCUUUCGAGCGCUGGCGCGACGGAGCGUUCACAGGCGGAAAGCUCGACGCGCCCAGGAGGCAGUGCAAGCAAAGCUAUCGGAGUCGCGCCUCCUGCGUAGCUUUGAUCACUGGGCCAAGGCCUUUGAGAUGGAGUCCAGCAGCUUCUUUGCCUCGCGAAUCCUGGGACGCUCCAAGUUGAAGAGGAUUCUGUUGCGCUGGAAGCAACAUACCAACUUCCGGGCCGGCUUUGCGACGCAGGUGGUGAAGACGCUGCAGAACUUGGAGUUGCAACGACUCCAGCGCAGCUUUGAUGCCUGGAAGCAGAGGCCUCAUCUACGUCACCUGGCUGCGGGCAUGUGGUUGCUACGGCGAAAGACUUGGAUCAGCGCUUGUUUCAUGGCCUGGAAGGAAGAGGCACUGAAGGCAGCUGCGCGGCGGCGGCAUUUGCGGUACUUCCAUCGCCAAGUGAAAUUUAACAAGGCUCGUCGCGCGGGCAAGGUCCAGCGGAAGCACAGCCACGCCACGUUGCUGCGGAAGGUCUUCAAAGCGUAUGCUGCUUGGGUGAAGCGUGCGAGAAGUAUUCAGGCCCGGGCGAAGCACUUGGGCACAGAGCUGUGCCUGGCGCGGAAGGCACAACGCCUUGGCUCUUGGGCGGCCCACUGUCGCGCGUUCCAUGUCUCCUCUAAACGUGCUACUCAAGUCUUCAACGCUUGGCUGACACAGGCGCGAAGAGAAAAGACUUUGAGCUGGGCAUCAAGAUCGCUGGCCUCGGAUCAACUGCGGCGCGCGGGACAGGAGGGCCUUCGCAAGUUGCGAUCCUGGUGCAUUUUCCGCCGCACCUUGAGGGCAAUGAUGGCAGGUCGUCGGCAAACCUUGCUUUCCUCGGUGCUUUACUGUUGGGUGGCAGCGCUGCUACCCGCGCGCCACGCAAUGACGGAGCUGCAGCACCGCGCCCGGGCGCGGCUGCUGCAGCUUUUCGACGCUUGGGCACGGCAGGGCCGCCAGCGGGGCGCGCGCAAGGGGCAGGCGGAGGCAAUGCGGCUGCGCUGCGGACUCCAAGGGCCUCGAGAGGUGAUUGUGGCCUGGUUUCAGCACCGGCGGAAGCUCAUGGCCGCCCGAAGGCUGUGCCUUGUGUUGGACCGGGGGCCCAAACGGCUUGAGUGCAGGUGGGUAAAGAGUACAAAUGACACCCUAUAA